CUUCCUGGCUCCCUCGAUUGUUCGCGUACGCCGAGACAAUUCACCUUUGAUGAUUACUCUUUUGGCAUUCAAGAUUGUGAUUUGAAUACUUGGCGUCACUACUGGUGAAAGAGACGAACAUUCACGAUUCCAGGGACCAACUGUUAGUCACGAGUCACCGCGUGGUCAUCCAUCGCACACAAGCAGCAUCUGCCCAUCUGCUGCACAUCCGCCAACCUCUGCUCUCGCUUCCGCUAGCGGCCACCAGCUCAAGAGUAGCAAGAACAAGAGGCUCAAGGACGUCAGCUCGGAGGAACAGAGUCAUGCUGUACGCAGUCGACGAGAAGGUGCUGUGUUUUCAUGGUCCCUUGAUAUACCAAGCCAAGGUGCUCAAGGCGGAGAAGUGGACAGGAGAUGAGAAUACGCAGGGAGCGACGGGUCCACACUUUUUCGUGCACUACGAUGGCUGGAAAAAGUCGUGGGACGAGUGGGUGCCCGAAUCGCGUCUGCUGAAGCUCAACGAGGAGAACAAGGCGAAGCAAAAAGCUUUGAUCGAAGCUCGCAAAUCCAAAGCUGCUGCCGCUGCUGCUGCUGCUGCUGCCAAUGAUGCUGGACCUAGUAGCAGCAGAGCCGCAGCAGGCGGUAGGAGGAGCGCCGGUGGUGCUGAUGGAGAUGGCGAGGGUGCAGCUCGGUCAAAGAAAGAGUCCAGAGGUACAAAGAGGGGCAGGGACACUGUGGAGAAUGAGGACGAGUAUGUCAAGCGACCAGAAAUCAAACUCGUCAUUCCGGACGCUCUCAAGCUGCAGCUGGUCGAUGAUUGGGAGAACAUCACAAAGAAGGGUCAGCUUGUACCCCUACCUCGCAAGCCCACAGUAGGCGAUUUGCUCGACGAGUACAAGGAGUACUACAUGCAGGGGCGAAAGGAAAAGGCUGGGCGUCUGCCGGCAGUGGUGGAUGAGGUCCUGUCGGGUCUCAAGCUCUACUUUGACAAGUCUUUGGGCAACAAUUUGCUGUAUCGCUUCGAGCGGGCGCAAUACGUGGAGCUGAGGAAAAGACACGCUUCUACGGCGGUCAAUGGCAAGGCGGCGGCGGCUGCUGCUGCUGCUGCUGCUGCCGCUGGUGCCGCCAAUGAGUCUCCUGUAGAGCUGGAGCCCAGCGAGUGCUACGGCGCCGAGCAUUUGCUGCGAUUGUUCGUAAACCUGCCGGGUAUCAUCGCGCACACGACGAUGGACGCGGAUUCUGUGAGCCUGCUGCGCGAGCACUUGUCCGAAUUCUUGGGCUUCAUGGCAAAGAAUCAAAAGCGAAUCUUUGUGCAAGAGUACGAUCACGCUUCUCCUGCUUAUGCCCGGAGCACGCACAUCUAGUCUUCGACAUUCGAUUGUCAGCAGCAGUGCGGCGCGAGGCCCAUACGAGAUGGCUCGCUUCGAAUCGAAUCGACCUCGCUGCCCCCUUCAUCCACACCAUACACACGCGGCCAUUUCCCAUUCAGCUACGUCUCAAAAAGACCCUUCUUUCCCCCCC